GUUUUUAGUCACGUGACCGGAUGAGGCGGUCCUUCCGUUCCAAGAUGGCGGCGCGCAGCCUACCGUGAGGAGGACACCGGUGUAGCGGGUCUGAAGGCGAAAAACAUGUUUAAGACGCCGUGUGGCCGUGCAGCAGGUCUGAUUGGCGCCGGCGUGAACCCGACGCGUGUGAUCAACACCCCCAGAACUCAGAGGAGCAUCCGGACCCUAGUGCAGCUUUGCAGGAGCGACCCUGCGCAAUGGAUCACCUUCCAGCACCUGCGAUUCCUCAAACGACAGUAUGUGAAGGCGAGUGGGGUUCUGAGCCAGCGAACGCGGCCGAAGCAGGAGCCGGUGAGCUCUACGCUGGAAGAAAGAGAUGAUCCGGUUCUCGGGCAGAUUCAGGAGAUCGCACACGUUAAACCCGUACCCGCCGUAACAGCCACGAGGACCGGCGCCGAGCCCGAGGCAGUCAGACAGGCUCGGAUAGAGGCGCGGCAGUGGAAGGAACUGAGCGUUAACUUCUCGGAGUUACCAGGGAUCUACGCUCGGCUCUCUAAAAUCAAACUCACUGCGCUUGUGGUCACGACGGCGGCGGCGGGCUACGCCAUGGCUCCUGUGCCCUUUGACCCAAUCACCUUUACACUGGCCACAGUUGGAACAGGGCUCUCUUCAUGCAUGGCCAAUUCUAUUAACCAGUAUUUCGAGGUGCCCUUUGAUUCCAACAUGAACCGGACAAAAAACCGACCGUUAGUCCGAGGACAAAUAAGCCCCCUCCAUGCCGUAUCAUUCGCUCUGGCUUGCGGGAUCCCCGGCGUGACCUUGCUGACUCUGGCCGUGAACCCGCUGACAGGCUUCCUGGGGGCUCUGAACAUCUUCCUGUACACGUGCUGUUACACCCCACUGAAGCGUCUCAGCAUCAUCAACACAUGGGUGGGCUCGGUGGUGGGGGCGAUUCCUCCCAUCAUGGGCUGGACCGCUGCUACAGGCGCUCUUGAUCCAGGUGCUCUGCUCCUGGGCGCGUUCCUCUACUCGUGGCAGUUCCCUCACUUCAACGCUCUGAGCUGGAACCUGAGAGAGGACUACUCACGCGGCGGCUACCGCAUGAUGUCCGUCACGCACCCUGCACUGUGCAGACGCGUGGCCCUCCGUCACAGCGUCUCCCUGAUCGGCUUGUCCACGCUCGGCCCCGUGCUGGACGUCACCACCUGGACUUUCCCGCUCGUCUCUCUGCCCAUCAACCUGUACAUCAGCUACCUGGCCUUCCGAUUCUAUCAGCACGGAGAGCGCCAGAGCGCCCGCAAGCUCUUCUUCUGUAGCCUUUGGCACCUGCCCAUGCUCCUGCUGCUCGCCCUGACCUGCAAGAAACCACGCCCCGUGGAGGAGGCGGGGCCACCCGGGGCCACCGACACGGCUAUCGCGUUACACGCUUCCUCAUAAUGCUAAAACUUUUUAUUUCUUUCAAGAACGGCAGCUCUGGCCAGAAGAGUAACCACGUAAAAAGUCCAGUCGAUACGGUUGAGAACCACGAUGUUCCUGCACUCCCUCACGUCUGAAAAGUGUGUAAAUAUGUUAAUUAUUAAAAGCAAAUAAAAAAAGAAAUCCAUCCACGCGAUAGCAGAAGGCAGACUCGCUGCAUGAGUCAGGCUACGGUUCAAAUAUUUCGAGAAUUGGAUCCAGAGUUGGGUCUGGAGUGCUCCGGAGCAUGUAAUGUAGCACUCCGUGGAGUCGCAGCUCAGGUGCAAAGCCAAAAAUCUCUUCCCCUGGAGCUGGGAACAUUCUGCUAGCGCUGGUGCUGGUCUAGAAAACUCCAGACAUUAGAACCGAGACGUUCCUUUCCUUCAUUGCCAUGUGUUUGAGUUGAACUGAUAUAUAAUUGGAUAUGGGAACACAAUAUUCUCAUAGACGCUUCGCUGGUUGCUAGUAAACGGUCUUUAUUCUUCGGUGGCUUAUUGUUUUUAUCCAAAAAUAAUUCGUGAACCAAAUACUAAGGUUCAUGGCAUGUUUUAAUCACAAGGGUCUAUUUGCCAGACAAUACGCUAUCCACAAGUUUCAGAAUGCUCUGAUCUGAUUGGCUAUCCAUACUCCUUUUCAAAAAAGCACCAGAAGGGUUUUUUUUUCUUUUCUUAAUGAGAAGUUCUUAUGACUCUGGACCCGUAGUCCCUUCCUGAAGAACCAGAACUUACUCACGGGGUGGGAAAGGAUUCUUGAAGAACCAUGGCGUUGGCUUUCAGCCGUCCUCCAUACUGUAUACAACCUCUUGAUGUUGCCUAAUGUCUACAUCUGACCUCACUGUAUAAAUACAUCGGUUGUGUGAGCUGUUAGAGAACGUGUGUUCUUUCUAAUAAAUACAUUUGAAUCCUU